AUGUCGAAACUCAGCCCAGACUCCAUGCUCCGCGGCAUGGCAGACGCCCUGUCCACACACCCUCCCGGCGACGAAGGCCCAGACCUAGCAAGCUCCUACGAGGUGGUAGCCCUCCUGGUCCACGCCUACCUAUCAGCCAUAGGCUUCAAGCUCCGCGGCUUCGACGAGGAAAAAUCACUGCCCGAAGCGGAAUCUCUUGCCCCGCGUCUCCCGCCAUCGUGGAACGACCGCUUCGGCGCCCUGUCAUUCGUCUACAGCCACAAGCAGUCGUCCAUGACGUUUGUCGUCAGGGUGGACCGCAUGGGCAGCAAGGUGGAGGUUCGCGGUCUGGCAGUGGGCGACGAGAAGAUAUACCGCUUCGAAAGGCCGAUUCGUGACGUGGUGCAGUCGCGCCAUCUGCCCUUUCGCAUCCCCAUCACCGAUGACGGACAGGAAGAUCGUAGUGGUGUUGCCGAAAAGCUGCGCUCGUUGUUCGCCUCCGAAUCUGCCAUAUCCUCCCUCGUCAAUGACCUGAAGGUCCAGAUAGUUCAGAGGCUCGUGCCGAAACUCCAGAGCGAAGACUACAUUGAGGAGACAGCCGAGACCGAAGCGACCGCCCUGUCCGAGCGACGGGCCCAGGAAUCCCGCAACCCGAACCACCCUUUCGCCGGCGGUGCUGCCAACCAGCCCCAUCAGCCGCUACCCAACCCAGGUCUCCUGCCGGACCUGGCGCGACCCCGCCCCGCUCCCACGGGGGACUUUCCCGUCCCCGACUUCGACGAUGAGCACCAGAUGCUGCAGCGGCCGGGUACUGGCCGUCCUUUCUUCCCCUACAACAUUGGCCAUGACGACCUCAAUCCUCCCGGUCUGGGCCCGCACGACCCCCUCCGUGGAUCGUUCGCCCCCACCGGCGGGCUGCGCGGUCCCGGCGUCCCCGGUGGCUACUCCGGCAUGCAUCCUACUUUUGACGAUCCGCUCUUCACCGGUCAGGGGAGUGGUAUGCCCGGUGGCGGUCAGAGGGGAGGGUAUAAUUCCCAGGCACCCCCGGGGGCGAGGUGGGAUCCACUAGGUCCAGGUGGGAACCCUAGAUUCCCCGGUCCAGGAUCCGGUGGUAACUUUGGUCCAUUCGGUCCUGGUGGCGGUGGCAUCAUCUGA